UGCAGAGUGAGGCGAGCGGCGGGAGCAGGCAGUGCCGAGCCAGCCCCCACGGGCCAGGCCCCGGAGCGGCCGUGAUGGCGGCGGCCAUGCAGGGGGCGGCCAUGUCGCGGCGGGUGCCGGUGGUGGACGUGCAGAGCGGGAACCUGGCGGAGCUGUGGCCCGGGAUGCUGCUGGCGCUGCGCUCCGCGGCCUUCAUCGCCGUGGACACGGAGCUGAGCGGGCUCGGGGCCAGGAAGGCGCUGCUGAGCCCGUGCAUCGAGGAGCGGUACCGAGCUGUGUGCAGCGCCGCCCGGACGCGCUCCGUGCUGUCCCUGGGCAUCGCCUGCUUCAGGCAGCUCCCCGGCAAGCCCGAGCACACCUACCUGUGCCAGGUGUACAACCUGACGCUGCUCUGCACCGAGGAGUACGUGGUGGAGCCGCAGUCGGUGCAGUUCCUGGUGCAGCACGGCUUCGACUUCAACAAGCAGUACUCGCAGGGCAUCCCCUACCACAAGGGCAACGACAAGGGCAAUGAGACCCAGAGCCAGAGCGUUCGAACCUUUUUCCUGGAACUCAUCCGAGCGAGAAAGCCUCUCGUUCUGCACAACGGCCUGAUCGAUCUGGUCUUCCUGUACCAGUGCUUCUACGCUCACCUCCCAGACAACCUCGGCACUUUCACCGCUGACCUCUCGGAAAUGUUUCCAGCGGGAAUAUACGACACCAAAUACGCUUCGGAGUUUGAGACCCGCUUUGUGGCAUCCUACUUGGAGUAUGCUUUCAAGAAGUGCAAGCGAGAGAACUGCAAGCUGAGGGACUCCGGCAGCCAGCACCUCACCAUUGAGUUCUGCAACUACCCCGAGAACAUGUCCCACUACAUUGACUAUCGCCACUGCUCUCUGGAAGAAACAAGCAGCGUGGGAGGGGCAAAUAACGUGCCUGUCUGCGAGAAAUUUUCGGCCUACGGCUGGUGUCCAAACGGGGUGAAGUGUCCCCAGUCCCAUAACAUCGACCUCAUAAUCGAUGAGGACGACAAGGUUUUGGAGAAGCGGAAGAAACGCAAACACAAGUGGAAGCGGCGGAAGAACGCAGAAGAACCCGCAAAGGUGCUUGAACAGGAAAGCUCAGGGAAAGACAUGGAGAUAGCUCAGAACGGGGAGGAGGGACCGCCGCCAAAGCAGAGCUGCUACGAAGCUGCCGCAGAGGCGGAGGAGAUGACACCCAACGAUGAUGACUGGCCACUGGAGGAGGAAAACUCCACUGCCGUGGCACCAGAGGCCAGCUCAGACCCCAGCACACGUCCUAGAUGGGAAGAGGAUCUGGGGAGCGCUGGAGAACCUGCUGACAUGAGCCCUUCUGCCAAGGGACACGCCUCUGACAGUGACCAAGUGGAGGGGAAGUCAGAGCUCCCUGCUGGAGCAGCCUCAGCCAGGCACCCAGACAGCCCCCAGACUGAAGCAGCGUGUGCUGCAGGAAAGCAAAAGGAAGCCCAGGAGCUCCCGUCGCAGGGGGGCAUCCACCGAGCUGGUUUUGAUGCCUUUAUGACUGGCUACAUCAUGGCUUACGUCUGGAUGCUCAAGAAGAGAAAAAGCACAGACAGUAGCACAGAGCCCUGGUGUCCGGACUGUCACAAUAAACUGUACCUCAGCGGGAAAUCAGUGCCGCUUCAAAUAGUGAAGAGCUCCUUUUCUAAAUCUUCCAAAGCUCACAGCCGGAAGAUGAAGUUGGCCUGGGACAGCACAUAGAGCUAGGGGACUCCUGGCUGAACUGGGCUUUUUCCCCCCUCAGUUGUUAAAGUUCUUUAUUCUUUCAAAAAUUGACCAGAAAGGGAGCAAGUUUCUUAUCUGUGGUUUUGUUUUAACUUCUUGACUAAUUAAAUUGCUCUGAGUUGGA